CCCGAGAGUCCGGUGCGCGCACGCGCGACUCUUCCCAGACGCACGCUUCGAAAGUACGGUGUUACGCGGCGAAGAGGACCGAUGUCAGUUUCGUGCCUCCACGAGUCCGAAGUGGAGAAUAAACGAGCAACCAAGAAAAGAGAGAGAGAGAAACAAGAGGAAGAAGAAGUAGUAGAAGUAGUAGAAGUAGUAAAAGAAGAAGAAGAAGAAGAAGAGGAACGCGUUCACCGAAAUGUCGUCUCAUCCUCGCGAAAGAAAAUGACGGAAGUGCGUAAUAAAAAGGAAAUGUAUGUAAAUGUUAAUCGCGGUGUUUCGUACUCGCGAGUUAUUUAUCGUGUAUUUCUACGGGUGGACAAGUUUUAGGAUCACUCGGUGAAUUAUUCUAACAAUAAGUGAUAAGGAAACGAAACGAUUUCUUCGCCCCGCCCCCCCCACCACCCCGAAACGAGAAAUUAUCCUGAACCUUCUUCGAUCCUGAACCAACGAUAUAAGAUAAAGAAAAAAGCAAUUGAAGGAAGAUUUAAGCAAAUUUUCCGACGAAAAAAACAAAACAAGAAGUGAACGAUUAGAAAAAGCAUUUACUUACCUGUCUUAUAUAAAAAAAAAAAAAAACAAGAAAAAAAAGAAAAAUAAGGAAAAUGGAGUUGGUAUCAGUGACCUCAUCGGCACCAUUGGCGUUGGCUUUGGCCCUGGCCUUCCUAUCAACGGCACGUCGUUGCGAUAGCGCAUCGGAAACUAUCAAAGGAAGUAGGGAGACGUGUGACAUCGAAGGGGAAGAUUUCACCGUCGACAAAAUCCCAAAUACCAGGUGUUUCAGUUGCAUUUGUAAGAACGGAUUCGUGGAGUGUCAGAAACAACAAUGUCCGAAUAUCGAUGGUUGCUAUACCCCAUUGGAAGUUCAAGAAAACCAAUGUUGCCGUAUGUGCAAAGGCUGCCUUCGAAACGGAAUUUAUCACGAAUCCGGCGAAAAGUGGAACGAUAGAAAUGACCCUUGCAAGAUCUUCAUGUGCAGAGCUGGGGUUAUCACCGAAUCUAGGCAACGAUGUUACACGCCUUGUCCGAAACCAAUGCCAGUUUUGCCUGGGGAAUGUUGUGCCGUUUGUCCAGGAUGUAUCGUUAACGGUCAAAAAGUAACCGAUGAGAGAUCUUUCACCACAAUCGAGGAUCCUUGCGUAACCUGUAAAUGUAAUUCGAGUAAAUUGAAUUGUUCCAAACAUGCUUGUCCUGUUCUUCAUUGUCCAGCUUCGAGAAUCUAUCACGAUCCCGGGGAUUGUUGUCCUCGCUGCAAAGGUAUUACAGAAUUUUUGCCACCCCCUAAGGGUGGUUGCAUUUUGGGUACGACAGUUCACAAUUCUGGUUCACAAUUUUAUCUUGAUGAAUGUACCCGUUGCAUUUGUACGAACUCCGUGAUAUCGUGCGUAAGGGAAACAUGUCCGAUAUUGGAAUGCACAAGGGAGCAUCAGAUAACAUUACCAGGUCGUUGUUGUCCGCAGUGUCCUUUGGUCGAGGAAAGCCGGGCUUCUUGCACAUACGGUGGCAGAACUUAUGGGGAUGGCGAAACUUGGAAGCUUGAUUCCUGUAAGGCAUGCGCUUGCAUGCAGGGUAAGGUACGAUGCGCAAUGCCGAUGUGUCCAUCAUUGAAUUUACCAUGUCCACCAAAUUCAAAAUUGGAGCACCCCAAAGACCAAUGUUGUCCUCGUUGCGUUGAAGGUGAUGGUGUAUGCACUGUCUUCGGUGACCCCCAUUACCGCACCUUCGACGGCAAAUUCUUCAGCUUCAAAGGCGCGUGCAAGUAUCAGUUGGCUAGCGACUGCGUCGGACAUACGUUUAGCAUACGCGUGACGAACGAUGCCGGCAUGACGAGAUCUUCGGCAUGGACAAAAACUAUUGCCAUGAAGAUUGGCGAUCUGAAGGUGAAUCUGGGUCAAAAGAUGAAGGUAAAAGUGAAUGGUAAGAGGGUCGACGUACCUUACAGUGUGCCGAACAAACUUGACGUUAACAGAACGGCCGACAGCAUAAUCGUUAAUACACCGAUCGGUAUCAAAGUACUUUGGGAUGGUAUUAGUUUUCUUGAGAUCUCAGCGUCUACAUCGUACCGUGGUAAAUUGUGCGGAUUAUGUGGAAACUUUAAUUCCUUACCGAAAGAUGAUUUCAUGAGUAGACGCGGCAGACUCUUACAAGAUCCUCAACCAUUCGGCCAAUCUUGGGCCGUUGGUGCUAAGAAGAAGUGCACGCCUACACGCACUUUAAAUCCUGAAAGGGAGAGACGUUGCAGGGGGAGGAAGGAUCAUAGAUUGUGCAAUCGCCUGAGGUCGCAGAUCUUUGAUCCCUGCCACAAGAAAGUCAAUCCAACGAUGUACUACAAAGCAUGUCUUCAGGAUAUGUGCGAGUGCCCGACCGAGCACUGCUAUUGCGAGUCUUUCAUGGCUUACGUUCACGAGUGCAAAAGAUUGGGAAUUCAAUUGCCACAUUGGAGAAAAUCUACGAGAUGUCGUACCGUUUGGGAUCAAUCGAACAAACCUGGGCCUUCGAGCAAACGUUUGCAUUAAAUAAUGCGAACGUUUUGUCCCUUCUAUUUUUCUUUUUCUAUUUUUUUUUUCUUCUUUUGAUUGCGAAAGAAAAAAGUCGAUGGACGAUAACACGUGCAUAUUUUCUUUUUUCUUUUUAUUUAGAUUUUUUUUCUUCUUCUAUUUUCUUUUUUCAACGUUUGCAUUCAAAGAACGUUGCACCAUACGCGUUCUCUUCUCCCCUUUCCGUGCGUGUUUUCUUUUGUAUCACCUGUUGAUAUCAUUCUUUUCUUUUUUAUUUUUUCAUUGUUACGUUCACACGUUCUUCCUCUCAUUUUCUAUUCUCUCAAUCUUUCUCAUUUUUUCUUGUCCGUUAACUUUUUGACAGCGCUAAACCUAAUUCGUCUAUAAAAUAGCGCAAUCUUUAACGAUUAUGUGCUAGAACGACGAAAUAUCUACUAGUCAGCAUUUAAACGUCGAGAUAUGCAUUGAUGGUGAACGAGCUUCUCCUUUCUAUUUAGCAAAUUAUCAACAAUGGUUCCAUGCUGAUAAGAGUAAUUAUUAACAAUUUAAAAAAAAAAAAAAAAAAAAAGAAAAAACUUAUAUAUAUGCAUCCACAUAUAUAAUAAAAUAUCUAAGACAUCAAUAAAAUACUCAAACUCGGCAUGGGUAGACCAUAGGACUACGUUUAUCCAUGACUCCUCGAGAAUAUUAAAGAUCUCGUGUAACGUUCUAAUGAGUGGCCUUGAUAAGUCAUUCUUACUUAUAUUGUUAGACCCCUUAAUCGAGAUGAAAUGAAGUUCGAUGAAUUUUAUAUAAGAUAAUCAGUUUGAUUAACAAACGUUUUAGGCAAUGCAAUAACACACAGACACACGCAAAUAUACACGACGAGGAUUUUAUAUAUAUCUCUCUCUCUCUCUCUUUCUUUCUUUCUUUCUGUCUUUCUUUUUAGCGGCGAUUUAUUCUAUUUCUGUUUUUUCUUUCUUUUUAAUGUUACAGAGCACCGUGCAGUAUUUCGGCCGAUGAGCAGGCUCGCGGCAUAGCAUGUACAUAAGCAUACAUAUUAUAUAUAUACGUACAUACGUACAUACAUACAUACAUACAUACAUAAAUACAUCCCCAAUUCAAUAAUAACAUUCGGACGCGCAUCGAUCGAAUUUUGUCAUUAUUUUCAAAUUAAUCCUUUCGUUACCAGCGUAACCCGUAUAGGGGUCCUAUACCAUGCGACGAUAAAUAUGUAUGAGCGAAUUUAUGUAAAACGAUACUCGCGCCGAAGCAUGCCGUAACGAAAGGAUAAAGACGCGAUUUCUAUUUCUCUUUUUCUCUCUCUCUCUCUCUCUCUCUUUCUCUUUUCAUUUCUAGUUUUAUUUGUAAUUCUUUCCAUUUCAUUCUUUUUUUCGUGCUCUUUUCUUUCGAUGCUCGCGAGUAUAA